AUGGCCGACUCCGAAAUCCAAGACCGUUUCUCACCCAACAAGCCGCUUGAGCCCGAUGUCCUCAGCGAGCUGGAAUCCAUCAUGCGCCUACACGGCUUGUCAGCCGAGGAUCUCUACUUCAAGUGGGAGUCGUAUUGUAUCAAGCUCGAUAUCGAUGCCCAGGCCUUGAACCUCGAAUCUCUACGCAACCUGAAGCAGAGCAUCCAGGACGAGCUCGAAAACAGCCAUCGAAAAGUGCACGUCAAGACGGAAAGGAAGCUAGCCAAUGCGCCGAGGGGUGGCAACAAGGGCGGAGAUGUCUUUGGGAUGCUCGAUGGGCUGGUUCCCAGUACGCCCUCUUCGGGAAGCAAGUUGAAUAGGGGCUCUGGGAGUGCCAUCAAAAAGAAGAUUGAUACACCCAAGGGUUUGACGAGCUCGCCGGCUACGGGGAUGAACGAGCAGCUUAAGUCUUUGAAUGGACUCCAGACUACAUCUUUUAGCGAUCGAACAAACCCAGGAGAAACAAUAGAGAUUCUGAACGACCGCCUCAAUGCAGCCGAACCACCAAUGGCACCCUUCUCCGAACCCCGAGUGAAGCUCACAGCCGCCUCAGACCAGAAGAAACUAGGAUAUAAGCCAUUGGCUAUGAAGCUCUCCGAAGCCAGCGAGAUUCUCGAUGACCGGAUUGAUAACUUUAUGUCUCUUGUCCAGCAACAUCACAAGAUCGAUGAGAGCGAGUUUGGAAGUGCUGCAGCGCAAAGUACCACUGAGAUUGUCGCCGUUGGACGCAUUGCGUCGGAUUCGCCAGAGGGCAAGCUCAAUGCUGCGUCAAUGGUGCUGGAGACUUCAAGACGAACGGGUAUGGGCUUGAGAGUACCCCUGAAAAUGGAAAGCAUACGCUCUUGGAGCUUCUUCCCCGGUCAGAUUGUUGCUUUGCGAGGAACCAAUGCCUCAGGAAGCGAGUUCGUUGUCAAGGAAAUUAUUGAUAUGCCUCUACUUCCCAGCGCUGCCUCGACACCCUCUGCGCUCGAAGCGCACCGAGAGAGGUUCCGUGGAGGCCCUGAUGCGAUGGACGAGGAUUCGGAGCCUGCGCCUCUAAACAUUAUAUACGCUUCCGGCCCGUAUACUGCAGAUGAUAACCUUGAUUUCGAGCCCCUUCAUGCGCUUUGCAGCCAAGCAGGCGAUACCUAUGCAGAUGCGCUCAUCCUCACGGGUCCCUUUCUUGAUAUCGACCAUCCUCUUAUUGCGACGGGCGACUUUGACCUUCCUGAAGAGGCAAACUAUGACCCUGAUACGGCCACUAUGUCGACUGUGUUCAAGUACCUUGUCGCUCCUGCUUUCAAUCGCCUAGUAUCCUCCAACCCCCAGAUCACUAUCAUCCUCGUCCCUUCUGUCCGAGAUGUCCUCUCAAAACACGUCUCGUGGCCACAAGAUUCCAUUCCUCGUAAGGAACUCGGUCUUCCUAAGGCUGUCCGCAUCGUCACAAAUCCCAUGACUCUAUCGAUCAAUGAGGUCGUGCUUGGUGUUUCAUCACAGGAUAUCCUCUCUCAGCUACGGUCGGAGGAGGUUGUGUCUCGUAAUGGAACACAGCCUGGUCUCGAUCUCAUGGGCCGUUUGUGUCGAUACUUGGUUGAGCAGCGACAUUACUUCCCACUGUUUCCCCCUACAGACCGUUCCAAGCUUCCCAAAACUGGUACAGAAGAAGGUGUUGCUACCGGUGCUGUACUAGAUCUGAGCUACCUGGAGCUCGGCGAAAUGGUUAAUGUUAGACCAGACGUGAUGAUUGUUCCUAGCUUGUUGCCGCCUUUUGCAAAGGUUGUUGAAAGUGUCCUCCUUAUCAACCCUGGCUAUCUCUCAAAGCGUCGUGGCGCAGGUACCUAUGCACGCAUGGCAUUAUAUCCUCCCUCAGUGUCCGGUGGAAGCGAUGCAAUGAUGGGCCAUCAGAUAUUUGACCGUGCGCGUGUUGAGAUUGUUAGGAUAUAG